AUGCAUUCCGUUGCCACAUCUGCUGCCCCACGCUCAGAGUCACAGAACCCGGGAGUCAUUGAAUUCAGCUGGGACGACUUGGCAAUCGGCUUGAAUCUUGUUUGUACGCCUCGGUUGUUCAUCCAGCGACCCAAGAUGACGACCGGGGGACAAAGAACGGCAACCCUAAUUCGCUAUACGCUUCAAUCCUACACACAGAAGCUGUUGCACCAAAACGAUAUGCCGCCCUUCAUUCAUCCUCAUUCCCUUUCUACCACUGGAGGUAGUGAACCUCGUAUUAGCUCGCUCAAUACGUGUACCAGCCUUCUUCAUGUCCUGCAUUGCGGGGUUCCAGGAAGCCCGGCUCUGUUUUGGAGGAAUGUGCAGUGCGAAUGUGAGCGUCUACGUAAUGAGGCUCUCUCGAUGAAUAAGUGGGAACUACUAGCCGCUUUGCAAGCAUUGGCAAUAUAUAUUAUCGAAAGACUGAAUACAGAUGGAACAGGGUAUGAGACUCUGGAUGCUCUAUUGAUCAGAACAGUGACUGAUUUGGCUCAACAAUGUUCCAAUAUCGAUAUCAACGUCGACUUGAAUCCCGAAAGACUGUGGUAUGACUGGAUUUUCAACGAGUCUACUCACAGGGUGAUAGACAUGCUGGUGCACUUUGAGCCAGCAGCCAUGUGCCCCUUUUACAACACUAGCCUCGUCAUUGCGCCACUACCAGCAAAGAAACAACUCUGGAAGGCCCACAAUGCCAGUGCCUGGCAUAGGGAGAGGGAGCUGGGAGCCGGGGCGCAAACGUCCUUUGCAUUGUUUGCCAAUGGUGAGCUGAUCGAUGUGGAACAAGUGCCAUUGCGUGUCCGCGACUGGAGAAGAGAUGUGGGGUUGUUGAAUGCAGAGUCCCAGCCAGAAAGUACCGCGAAUUGGAGGGAAUGGUGUUCAGGCAUGGACGAGUUUGGCAGUCUCGUUAUGCUUGUUGCUUCAUUUAUCGAGAUGCGGUCACCAACAACCUGA